AACCACCGAAGAAGCAGUUUGCCUGGUGUUGAAAAAAUACAUGCAGUACUCAUGUCAAUCGAUAAAUGGCAACCCCUGAUGUGCAGACUGUAGAACCACCGAAGAAGCAGUUUGCCUGGUGCUGUUUUCGCGCGCGCCACCCUACUCUCUCCGGCAGGCAGGGAUCAACAAUGGCCACAACACAAGCCGACGUCGAGCUACAAACCUUUCAAAUAAUGGAACAUAUGUUCGCGGACGUCUGCGAUUACCAAGUCGACUGCGGAGGGUCGAAUUUGCAAGUGGAUGAGGAAGGAAGACAGCUCCAGUGUGGACUCAGAAGACGCAACUGGGCUCUGGGUACGUGCAGGCUUCCUGUGGAAGACGUCGGUGGCGAGGGAGAGGCCUGGCUAGCAGCUAGCAGCAGCUAGCAGAAGCAAGACGACCUCGCGACGACGGGACCGGUAGGUGACGGCGGCGGCGAGUGACGGCAGCGGGGCGGCGAGGUAGAGGCCCGGCUAGCAGCCAGCAGCAGUGGGACCACCACCCCACCGCCUCACGGCGGCGAGAUCGACAGCUUUCUUGCGGCGGCGUGUGAUAGCAGCAGAGCGGCGAGGGAGAGGCCCGGCUAGCAGAAGCGGGACCACCUCGCGACGACGGGACCGGCAGGUGACGGCGACGGCGAGUGACGGCAGCCGGGCGGCGAGGGAGAGGCCCGGCUAGCAGCCAGCAGCAGUGGGACCACCACCUCACGGCGGCGAGAGCGACAGCUUUCGCGCGGCGGCGUGUGACAGCAGCAGAGCGGCAAGGGAGAGGCCCGGCUAGCGGCUAGCAGCAGCUAGCAGAAGCGGGACCACCUCGCGACGACGGGACCGGGGACAGCCUUGGCUGAAGGCGGUAAACACCCGCGACAGCCAAAAUCAACAUGGGGCCAAAGAAGGUGCUCUCUCCUGAUGAAGGUUUGGACUUUGAUCCAGUUUCAAUAGGUGAUCAACUGAAAAGAAUCGGCGAUUCUCUGAACGAGGACGCAACGUUUUGUGCUGCUCUGGCCGGCAUGGAGCGCUCAUUAGCUCAAGAGGCCAUGGAGGUAGCAUUUAGCCGUGGCGUGGACACCUUGUUGCAGACUCAAGUCCAAAACGAAGCAGUUGCCCCGGAGAUGCAGAUGAUCAAAGUAUGUGUUGCCUUUGGACUUUUUGUGAAGAAAUCAUUCCCCGAGCAGAAAAACCAAGUCCAGAGAGCUGUGACUGCCUUCUUCAACAGCCGUUUAAACCCAUGGAUAUCAGAGCGAGGUGGCUGGAACAGGCCCGCAGGCGACUCAUCUGGUCCUUACGGGCGACCUGGUGCCCGCGGGCACCGCGUUGGUGACCCCUGCUGUAGACCAAUUCAAAAUUGAAGUUACAUAAACUUGGGACUGCUCUGUAUAAUUAUUAAAUUCAAUCACAAAAACCAAACAAAUAAAUUGGAACAUUCAGCAGAAUAUUAAAAUAAAUAAUGGGCAGGAAAAAGUAAGAAACCAAUAUCUGUCCCCUAAUUUCACAAAUACAGUAACUGACUUUCAAUGUUGGUAACUACAAAGUCAUAUAAUUUUUCAACAAUUAAACCAAUUAUGAAGAAAUAAUUGUACUCAUCCUCAUGAUUUGUUAAGAAAGAAAAUUACAUUGUUUUAUUCCACUGUCAAGUUUGUUCCAUAAACUAACACAUCUGAUUGAAAUGCUUAUUUCCAUUAUCACUAUUCUAAAUGUAGAUUUAUCAAAUAUAUAUAUAUUUACUUCCUCUUUUUACAAAUCUGUUUUGAAUUUUCUUUGGUAGAAUUGUUGCAUGAGCUCUACCAGUUCAUUAAAUAUUAAUAAGUUUAACAACACGGUGGACAGGGGUUAGUGCAUGUGCCUCACAAUACGAAGGUCCGGAGUUCAAUCCUGGGCUCGGGAUCUUUCUGUGUGGACUUUGCAUGUUCUCCCCGUGACUGUGUGGAUUCCCUCCGGGUACUCCGGCUUCCUCCCACCUCCAAUGACAUGCACCUGGGGAUAGGUUGAUUGGCAACACUAGUG